AUGACUUCUAAAAUUGGGCUUAUAAUAACCAAAUUUAACUCCGAUACUCCGAUAAAAACUAACAAUUCCGAUACUCGUACUCGUAUUUUUCCUUUCUCUAAAUUUCUUAAGAUGACAUUACCUUAUUUAAUAGAUGAUUGUGUUUAUAAUAUUUUACAAUACCUUCAAAAUGAUGGAUCAACUCUAUUUAAUUGUUUAUUAGUUAAUCGAUUUUGGUGUAAAACGACAAUUCCUAUACUUUAUGCAAAUCCUUUUGCAACAGGAUACAGAAAAAAACACAAGUUAAUCUCAACCAUAAUUUUACUUUUUAAUAAAGAAGAAAUUUUACAAUUAAAGAAUCAAUUAGGAACAAAUCAAAUUAAAAAAUUUAAUAUUGAUGAUGAACACAAACCAUUAUUUGAAUAUUUAAAAUAUUUGGAAGAUUACAAUUACUAUAAAAUAAGUUCUUUUAUGACUAGAUUUAUAUUCUGUAAUAUUACUUUAUCAAUAUCAUCUUCACUCAAAGAAUGUAAAUUCAAUAUUUCCCCAAUAUUUCAUCAAAGAAUUUUAUGUCAAAGUAGAAACAUUAAACAAUUAGAUAUUUCAUUAGAUUUAUUUAAUAGUGAAGCUUUUAAAAAUUUUAAUGUUCAAAAUUUCAUUUCAAAUUUAACAAAAUUAAAAUCAUUAACAUUAAGUUUAUCAUUAGGUGAUACUAAUAAUAAUGAAAUUGAACAAGAAUUUUUAGGAAGUAUAGCUAAUAAUAAUUUUAAUAAUUUAAAUUUGAGAAAAUUAAUAAUUGACCUUACUUCUAAAAAAUUAGUUGGACAAAAGAUUAAUACAUGUGAAAAGAUUUAUAAAAUUAUUCAAGGACAAAACAAACUUAAAAUAUUUCAGAUACGGAAUUGUUGUUAUUCUUUAUUAAAUAAUAUUCUUUUAUCCUUAGAAUUUCGAAAGCAUUCUUUAGUUCAUAUUGAAAUUGUAAAAUCUGACUUCAUUAAUGUUAAUUUAAAAAGUUUUAAUAAUUUAUAUAAUUUAGAAUAUUUAAUAUUUGAAUCUUGUGAAGGUAUAUUAUUAAGUCAAUGUGAGAUUUUAAAAUUUGCUUCAUUUAAGCUCAAGGAAUUAUCAUUUAUACGUAAUGAAUGGAAUGCUGAUGUCACAUCAUUAAUGAUCAAAUAUCUAGGAGAAUCAUUACAAAAAUUAUUAAUUGAAGAUCCUACAAUUCAACUUAUUGAAAAUAUAUCAAUGUAUUGUCCAAAUCUUAUUUUUUUAGAAAUAAGAAUUUAUUUAUAUGUUGAUUUAUCAGUGUUAUCAUUUUUAAAAAAUUUAAGAAUAAGAAUAUUAAAUAUUAAAAUUUCUUAUAAUAUUGAUAAAAUUUUUUUUAUAAAUUUAGCAAAUAAUAUACCUAUUAAUAUUAGUAAAAUUUCUUUUUCUAUUUAUUUUUGUGAUUUUCGUCUUUCAAAACUUAAGGAAUUUUUAGAAAAUUGUCAUAAUAGUUUUGAAAUAAUUAAUUUAAAUCAUAUUAUUGAAUAUCAACUUCUUGAAAUUGUUUUAAAUUAUAUUGAAAGAAGUAAUAAUAGUUUAAAACUUCUUGGUAUGAUGAAAUUGAAUGAAAAAUUGAAUGAUAAAGAAUUAAAAUUAUUGAAUCAAAUUGAAGCUAAAGGAGUUAAAAUAGUGGAAUUUAAUAGUAUUGCUAUGUUUAGUAUUUAA